AUGACGAUUAUACCUCUUUCUGAAUCAAAGGAUCCUCGUGCUAAUCUUGCCUUGGAGAGACUAAAUCAACUCAAGAGUCAGUUGAACCUGUCACCGUCGUCAAUGUCUCGACAGGCGCCUAAAGAUAUGGCCAAAGAACGCGCUGCAGCUGAAUUCAAUAUUGAGGAGCUGGCAAAGUUUUGGGCUGGUGGUGAUGAAAAAUAUAGGCUUUUGCAAAAAGCUUAUGAGAUAAUAAGGAAUGAUCCUGAACUGGUUGUUCAACCACCACGUAAUUUCUUGGAACUAUCUAGAGAUGAAAUGAGAGAAUUUACCAUGGGACAAAUAUAUCGAGUAAUUCAUGUCGUGAAAGAUACAAAAGAUAAAGACCUUGCUUAUGAAAUAGCACGAGCUACUAGUAUGUACUCGGAAAGUUUCUCCAUGCGAUUCUUUGUGCAUGAAAUGCUCUUUCGUAACGUCAUUAAUAUGCUUGGAAACAAAGAACAGCAGGAUCGAUACAAUGACGACAUUAGCAACUACAGGAUUUUUGGUUGCUUUGCUAUGACGGAACUUGGUCAUAGCUCAGCGCUCCGCGAAAUUGAAACAACUGCCACGUACGAUUUUGCCACGGACGAAUUUAUUCUUGAUACUCCUACGAUCACUGGUACAAAAUGGUGGAUAGGUAUGGCAGCCCAAACAGCUACUCAUGCUGUUGUCAUUGCUCAAACGGUCGUUGACGGUAAAAAUGUUGGUUUGAAUUGGUUUGUUGUACAACUUCGAAACAAGUACACAGGCGAGCUAGAGCCCAAUGUUCGGAUAGGUGACAUUGGUGAAAAGGUUGGUCAUGCCGGCGUGGACAACGGCUGGAUCCAAUUCCGUCAAAAACGUAUUCCACGUAUAGACAUGCUUGCCAAGUGGGUUCAACUGGAUCGUCAAGGAAACUAUAAGCCAGCUCCCAACCCUGCUGUUAUGUAUGCCACACUGAUACCUGAACGAUUAUCCCUUGUUACUGUAACAACUCAAAUGAUAUCCCAAGCACUUACUAUAGCUACACGUUAUGGCGUUGUUCGCCGUCAGGGGGCUAAAAAUCAACAGAUCAUGGAUUAUCAAUCUCAUUAUGUCAAGAUCAUACCUGCUAUUGCCUUUAUAUAUAUGGUCCGAUCUACAGCAGAUGUGUUGAACGAACACUUUGACAUAUCGACAGCCGGUGGCAAGAUGGAUCCUAUGGUAUAUCUGAACCAUAUGGGCGAUAUGCACGCCAUGGCUGCUUGCCUGAAGGGUCUUACAGGAUGGUACAGCACCGAAAUUCUCGAAACUUGUCGUAGAAGUUGUGGAGGACACGCUUACUCUGCUUAUAAUGCAAUUGGCCAUAUUAUUGGAGAUUGGGGCGUAAUGACAACUGGUGGUGGUGAUAACGUUGUUCUUUUGCAGCAAACAACUCGUUAUUUACUCUAUCGACUUGAACAAAAACUUGAGUUUGAUGAGUAUCCUGAUCUUAAAUUCAAGAGCUCGACUAUUUACAUCAAGGAUGCUAAACGAUACUUGGAGAAUAAGAGAUGGCUAACAAAUGAUGCCUCUGAUUGUAUCAAAGAUUUUACUAUGCUUACAGAGGCACUCCAUACUAUUCUUGUGAAGCGUCUUUACUCUAUUCACACUGCUCGUCAACAAGGCACGCCAUCUGAUCAGUUACUGCUGGAUAGUGUACGAGUAGCCGAAAUGCAUUGUGCUACAUUCAUGUUUAAUGUCUGUGCAGAAAAGUUUGGUCAGCCGGUUGGCACACCAGGAAUUGAACCUAGUGUCUUGACGAUUAUGAAGAAGUUGACUGCUUUAUGGGGUAUGCACGUUCUGUACACAUAUAGUGACCAAGGCUUUAAAGAAGGAUACUUUACACCUGAGCAUAUCAAAAGCAUUGAAAAAACAUAUACAGACAUGUGCAAAUCACUUCGCUACCAAGUUAUCGGCCUUACAGAUGGCUUUGGUAUCCCUGACUUUGUCUUGAAAGCCCCUAUUGCUAAAUACAAUGGAGACAUCUACCAAACUUACUUUGAUACACUUCUUACUGCUCCUAGAAGCACCGGGAUACCGCCUUAUCAUGGAAAGUAUAUAAAACCUCUGACUGAACGGGAAAAUCCAAACGUGUUAAAGAAAUAA